AUGCAGAACCCCCAGGCCCCCCGCCGCUGCCGCUGUUCUUCCGUGCACCGCUUCUGUGCAUGCAGCGAACAUGAUUCUGAUUCUUCUUGUGUAGAAGCAGCAGUAGCUGCAUGCAGAGCAGCAGCUCAUAGAGCAGAAGGGAAGAAGCAGCGGCCUUCUCUCUCUGUAGCAGCAAUUCAAUGUGAUUUGCUGCCAGAGGAGGCCCCCCCAACGCCUAAAGAAGUGGUAGAAGAGCCUGCACCUCUUCAAGAGAAGCCUGUGAAAGGCGAGUUAAAUAUACAGGGAAAUGUGCUGCUAGCAACAGACUGGGAUCUAGUAGAUGAUGAUGUUAGGUUUGAGCAUUACCCUCUGCUUUCUCUCGAAUGCUGCGGCGCACAUCAGCAUCGGCAGCACAAGUUCUGGCAUCUGCAGCAGCAGCAGCAGCAGCAGAUGCCACACCUGCAGCACCUGCAGCAGCUGCAGCAGCUGCAGCAGCAGCAGCAGCGCAGCAGAAGGCUGCCUCGGCGCUUGCUGAGGGCUCAAGAAGAAGCACUGAGGCAGCAACGGCUGCAGCGUAUACCCAAGCAUAGAGAAGCUUUCCCUGUGUUAGAACGAGAAGCAAAUCCAGAGGUGCAUAUACUCCUGAAAAACAGAGUACGAAAGACGUAUGAUCAUGCACAUUCGCUGCCUCUGCAUACAGACGACAGCUAUCUGCGGCUGCAUGCAACACGGCAGCCGAAGUCUAAGCUGCUGCAGCAGCAGCUGCAGCAGCAGCAGCAGCAGAAGCAGCAGCACACAGUAAAUACCUCAAGAAAAUAUGAUAUUAAAACCUGCUGCACUCUCACAACUCCUCAAAACCUGCUGCUAGACGGCCCUGUUUGCUGCUGCCCCCGGGUCAUCCCAAAGCCUUCCUGCUGCAGCCCAGGUUGUUGUGCUGCUGCCCCCCUUUGGAGUGUACGUACACCCCACGUUGUUGACCCGAAUUACCCAGAUCCUUGUCGUGUUGCUGCUGCUGCUGCUGCUGCUGCUUCCACGCCAACAGCAGCAGCAGGAGAAGCAGCGCCUGCAGCAGGAACUGCAGCAACACCAGCACCAGCAGCAGCAGCAGCAGCAGCACCAGCAGCAGCACCUUUCUGUGUCUCUCUUUCAAGCAGCCCCUCUUCACCGCAGUUCAGACUUCCUCCUCUACUCUACUCUCCGUCUGCUUCUCCUCAAUACCCCGUGCAUGCAACUCUCUAUGCGGGGGCCCCUUGGGGGGCCCCUGUAGCGGGGGCCCCUAUGGCUGCUAGCUUUCCUUUGCCUCCCUUGCAGUGCGGUGGUAUAUUUUGA